GUCAAUCUCACCAAAAGUAGAGAUCUGGCAUUCGGGUUAAAUUAAGGAUAAACCCACCUCAAAAAUCCAAAAGGGGUGGAAUUAUCUUCUGGUUUUGGAGAGGUUAUCGGGUUGAAAUCGAGUACCUCUCCCGGACUCCUUAAGCCAACAGCAUUCACAUCACACGAGAGAAGAACAAUAACGAACGAGGUUUACUUGUUUACAGUAAGAACUUACAUUCCAUUUAGAGGGGAAGUGGUUAUUUCAUGAUAUCCUCCCUCCGGGCGGGCGCGAGUCCAGAGGGUCGGAUUACACGGGUCUCCUGGGGUCACGUGGGUGUGUUCGUCUGCAUAAUGACCCUGUUUUCAUUGAAUGCCAAGAAUUUUGAUGUUCAACAACGGAUCGAAUCACUAGGGCUUUGUUUAGGGCCGUUCUAUGGCCGCGCGUUGGCGAUCAUUCUCAACGACUUGUUCAACCCGCGCGUGCUACUCGAACAUCAAAAGAAAAGGAAUAACCAAACGCCGCGGAUUGCCCAAUAAACACGUUAUCUGACGGGAAUUUCGGACGCUUUUGUCAGGUCGGAGCCUUGUGAUGGCCGAGCGUAGGGACUCAGUGCUCUGGACUUUCUUCGUUGUCGCUGCGAUCUUUGCUGCCCUGACGAAUUCCCAAGUGCAGCAUAAGAAACUUAACAGAUACGUGUAUAAAGUCGACAGAUUCACGAGAUGUUCCUUGUCAUGCGGUGGCGGUAUUCAGACUGCGAUUUUUAUUUGCUACGACAACACAAAGGAAUCAGCGGUUGACCCCAGUAGAUGCAGGGAUCUUCAACAUCCGGGAACUCACCGGAGAGUGUGUAACGUCACGCCUUGUAAACACAGGUGGUAUACCUCCCCCUGGAGACCUUGUUCAAAAACAUGCGGAACAGGGGUACAACACAGAUUUCGAAGAUGCGUAAAUAGACAUAAUCGACGAAUAAGUUUAUGGAAGUGUGCGCGAUUGACUCCUCCCAGACGGAAACGCGCAUGUGCCAUAGUGGACUGUCCAGUCGAGUGGAAUAUAGGACCUUGGUCAAAGUGUUCCGUGUCAUGUGGCGAGGGAAUUAGAAGACGUUCCAUCGCCUGUCGUCAGACACUGGCUAAUGCGACCAUCAUUAUCCUGCCUGUAUCAAAAUGUCCUGGAAUCCCACCGGCUAUCAUGGUCAAAUGCAAAGAUUCAGAUUGUGAUUCCCAGCCAACCGACACACCUUACGCGUUCAGUGGAGCAGGCCAAUCAUAUGAUAUCCAGGGUGAUGAACCGAUAGAUCAGGAGCCCGACUUGCCAGCUUCAGACGCAUCUGCCGCUGGCCCUUCAGGUGACGGCUCAAUUAAAGAUCGCCCUACCAUAAUCCUAAGCAAAAAGAAAGAAUAUCUCCUCAAGAAGACUUCUAGAAUAUCCGUCUUGGUAGGAUCGUCGGUGUGGUCCGUAAAGGGUUCGGAGAUAACGGUGAAAUGCCGAACACCUGACGAAGACAAGGCGAUGAUACAAUGGUUUACCGAAGGUGGCUUCUACGAGAUUAAGAGGUUCCAACGUUACGAGGAUGACGUUGGUAUUGAUGACGAAGGAAACUUGCACAUUCGGUCGGUCGGUCGGUUUAAUGAGGGGACGUACCAAUGUAAGGCGACAAGAUUAGCCGGUGCUUCUUCGACGGCGGCAUUUACACUAAAAAUCUUAGCUUUGAACACCCCCACCAUCCUUUCUGCCAAGGGCAAGGCGUCAUUUGGCCCACGUGAUGCUGACGUCACCAUUACCGUCGGUACCACCGUCACACUGUACAAGGGCACGACCCUCACCAUCAAGUGUCCCGUCAUGGGCAAGCCAACGCCCACGGUGUACUGGUACAGUCAGGGCCGGCCCAUAGCGGUGGGGAAAGCCGUCACGAUAGGCAAUAACCUCCGGAUUGAAAAUAUUGACAAGAUCUAUGCUCUUGAAUAUACAUGCCACGCCUAUAAUCGCCGCGCCAGGACCAAGGAAAGCUCUGUGGUGAACGUGUUAGAUCUCGCACCGCCGAUAAUCGCUGCAGAACGGAAAGUCAUCAGUGUUGAUAAGACCACUCCCUCCAUGGAUAUCACCAUAGGAACGAAUCUGACAGUGAUGGCAGGUACGGACGUGGUCGUCAGAUGUCCUGUGAAGACUAGGCCCGAGCCGGGUCUGUCGUGGCGUAUCCGGGGCCUGGCCUUCGACCCCAAGACGAGCAGAGCAAAGCUACAAAAUGAUAAUUCGACUUUGCUGCUCAGCGGUCUGACCAAAGAUGACGCGGGCUCGUAUACGUGCAUAGCGAGGAACAACGCGGGAAAAGAUCAAAAGGUCACCAAUAUUCAAGUCGCUGAUCCACAGAAACCAACAAUCAUCAGUCAGAGCGGCUUCAAGUCCUCUCACGAGAGCGACAUCGAAAUGACAGUGACCAUCGGUAUCCAGACCACUGUCCUGUCCGGAAUAACACUCACUAUUAUCUGUCCGACAAGAGGACUGCCUGCCCCGGACGUCACGUGGGAAAUGAACAAUACGAAUGUGAGGCCUGGUGGCCGAUUUGUUGUCCAGGAAGGGACCCUGACAAUACGAAACCUAGUUAAACAAGACCAGGGGAACAUCAGAUGUGUUGCCAGGAAUGCUGCCGGACAGGACACGGCCACCUCCAAAUUGAAUGUUAUUGAUGGACGUAAACCUAAAAUAAACGCCCUAACCGGCAGAGUGAUAGAAGACGGGGAUGGUGAGGAGGCUCGGAUCACCAUCGGUCAGGAUCUGCGAGUGGUCGAGAAAAUGAACGUACGAAUACAUUGCCCUAUUGUCGGAUUUCCAAAACCCGUCGUAACAUGGACUCGCAAUAAUCAAGAUGUCAGGUCGAACGCCCGAUUGUUUGUCGAUCCAAACACAAACGAUUUGUUAAUCAAUAACAUUCUGACAUCAGAUACGGGGCAGUACAUUUGCUCAGCAGUAAACCCCAUCGGAGAGGAUGAGAAGUCGUCAUUCAUCAGUAUUAUCAGUGAAGCAAGCGCUGAGAUCAUUCGAGGUAACGCCUCCUUGGUGACGUCAUCCAAUCGCAAGCCGGUUACUGUAGUGAUAGGAAACUCACUCGAAGUUCUGUCAGGAACGGAUGUGACCAUAGUUUGUCCUGUCAGGGGUACCCCGAGUCCUUUCAUCUUCUGGAGACAUGACGGUUUGCGGAUCGCCUCAGGUCAAGGGAAGGGUCAGUUCUUGCUUGGCAAAGAUAAUUCGGGUCGGGACAUCCUGAUAAUUGCACAAGUGACGAAAGAUGUGUCGGGCUCCUACGAGUGCGUCGCUAGCAAUGUGGGCGGAGCCGACCGUGUGGCAACCAGUAUACAAGUCAUAGAGGCACAGCAGCCCGUCAUUGAAUUCAUUUCAAAGCGCCUUCAGUCCCUGAAGGACCUGUCAGCGGUCACUGCCACAAUUGGCACAACCAUCACACUCUUAGCUGGCGCCAAACUAGUUCUGCAGUGCCCCUCAACCGGAGUGCCACUGCCAUCGACAUCGUGGUCCCUUAAUGGUGAGCCUUUGGAAAAAAGCGGCCGCGCUGACUUACGGGGGACUGAGCUGGUGAUCCCCGCGGUGGCUGGAGUGGAUUCUGGGAAGUAUCAGUGCACUGCUAGUAAUGUUAUAGCACUUGAUAGCCGCGCGUCUGACGUCACUGUUCGAGACCCCACUAAGCCAAAGAUUAGGGGCGCGCCUAAAGACAUGGACCUGUUUGAGAUCAUGAAGCUUUCGGUUGAUGUUGGCAGCACGAUCACCACCAUCCCUGGCGUCAGCCUCGAGUUGAAGUGCUCGGCCCAGGGCCUGCCGGCUCCCACCAUCCGCUGGAGGCUUGGUGAGAUCGUUGUGGAUAGCGAUACCUUGAAGCUCCCUCAGCUGAAGGUGGGAGACUCGAGGACCUACACGUGUGUUGCUUCCAAUGUUGCUGGCAAUGAUAGCAAGUCAACAGUGUUGAAUAUCAAAGCUAUCGAGGACCCCGUCAUCCACGCGGAGAAAGCCACCAUCAGGGCCGUCGACAAAGUAACAAGUCUUACCUCCAGUAUAGGUAACGCAAUCACCGUACUCAAAGGCAGUCGCGUGACGCUAGUUUGUCACGCCACAGGGUUCCCACAACCCAUCGUGCAGUGGACUAGAAACAAAGUCGACUUGACGGGGAGAAUGCGCCAGUUGCGUUACAAUGUCACGCACUACGGUGUCAUCAUUGAUACGAGGUUCAAUGGCGAGCUUAGCGGGGAGUAUGCAUGUUUGGCUACAAACAAAGGCGGAUUCGCUGCCGUCACCACGGAUUUACAAAUCAAAGCCCCUUUCAAGCCCUUCAUCAGGUCCACAUGGGUGACGGGAUCCGUAGGGACGCACAAGUCGCUCAAGUCACGUGACCCUGUCAUCGUCACCAUUGGCGACAAGGUCGAAACGCUUACUGGGACCGAGGUGUCAAUCAUUUGCCCAGUUGAAGGGUUGCCGCCCCCUAAGGUCACGUGGGCCAAAAAUGGGCCUAUAGCUUCAGGGGACAAGUUCACUAUCGCUCGAUCAACAGAUCUGGUUUUCAAUAGCGGGAAAGCAUCGGUGUUUGACUCCGGAAGAUAUAGCUGUCGGGCGGUCAACAAUCUCGGUCAGGACACGGCAUACUCUGAAGUUACGUUCAGAGAGCCCAAGGCCCCGACCAUUAUGACGCUUGAUGACAAAUUCGAGUUCAUCGUCAACGCCACCUUCACUGUCACUAUCGGUGCCAACGUCAGCGCCCUCAGGGGUAGCUCCAUCACGUUGACGUGCACGGCAGAGGGGUUACCUGUCCCCUUUGUAGUCUGGAAGAAGGGGGGUGCUACCCUUCAGCAGGGUGGUCGCGCAUUCACUCUAAGUAGUACGGAGAGUGCUGAUAGCGGGCGGUAUGACUGCGUGGCGACAAACCUCAAGGGAACUGCCAUUGCGAGCUCUGCAGUAACGAUUCACGACAAAAUCGAGAAGCGCGUGGCUCCGAAAAUUCUGUCAUCGAAGAAGAACCUGAUCGCGUCCGAAAACAAGCGCUUGUUUUAUCACAUCAUAGGCGGAAAUAUAACAAUCUUGGAAGGAAAAGAUCUGGAACUGCAAUGUCCAUCCAUCGGCACACCCAAGCCUGCCGUCACUUGGUUCAUAAACGGCUCGGCCGUCACGGAAAGUGACACGUUAAAGGUUGAUCCGAAUACUGGCGCGCUUAGCAUCAUCGAGAUAACCGCUGAGGAGCAGGGACAAUACAUGUGUAAAUCCAAGAACAUCGCGGGCGAGGAUCUAGAGACAAGCUACACGACUGUCGUAGGUCCAGUUGCGCCAAAGAUACAAUUAUCAAACAAGGUCUACUCCGUCGUGGAUCCGCUCAAGAAACCGCUGACACUUCUCGUAGGCGAUACGCUAACAACUCUCAGCGGCACAAGAACCUCGAUCUCGUGCCCCGCCACAGGAUUCCCGAAUCCAUUGAUCCGCUGGAGCAGAAACGGGGAGUCUGUUGUUCCUGGGGGACAUUUAAAGAUUGAUGGCUCUAAGCUUUUGCUGACGAACCCCCAGAAAGAGGACAACGGCGUGUACAAGUGCUUGGCAAGCAAUCCGGGAGGCGAUGCCACGGCAACCUCUAAUAUGACUUUUAUAGAUCCUUCAAACCCCAACAUCACAUUGUCACGUGAUGUUGUCAAAUCCACUAUCCGUGAAGCGGUAAGCGUCAUCAUAGGAAGUGACGUCACGGUGAUUGACGGAUCCACCAUCCUCAUUCAGUGCUCAGCAGUGGGCGUGCCCAAGCCUACGUUGUCAUGGAUACGCAAUGGCGUUAAUCUGAGCAACUCAGAAGAAGUGUUGAAGUUGAGUAAUUUGAGGGUCGGUGGCGACGGAAGUAUCAAGUGUGUUGCGAGUAACUUCUACGGCACUGAUUCUGCGGAGACAACUCUCACCAUACUAGCCGGAGCAAGGCCUAGGAUUAUUCUCUCCAGAAAUGUUAUCAAAGAAUUAUCGACAUUCAAAACUAAGAAAGCUCACAUUGGGGACUACAUCAGCCUGUUGGCAGGAUCCAGCCUUAUCAUACAAUGCAACGCUACAGGGAUCCCCUCCCCCACUUACAGCUGGUUGCGCAACAGCGCUGCCCUGACAAGCGGUGGUCAGGUGACGGUGAAUGAAUCUACUGGGGAGCUGAGCCUGCUGGGAUUGCGGGCAGCGGAUUCAGGGAGAUAUACAUGCCAGGCGUCUAAUCUAGAGGGCUCUGAUGGGGCCAGUAGCUCACUUCUAGUCCGCGAGCCACGUGGUCCAUUUAUUGAGUCGUCCAGCCAAUCACUGAGUAGCAUCAACAGCACUGAUCCCGUAAGGGCUCUGAUUGGGUCUAACCUCACAGUCCUGGCUGGCGCUUCCGUCACGCUAGUCUGUAGCGCAACCGGCUUGCCCAUGCCUGUGACAUCAUGGAAACACAAUUCAGGCGACAUCACUUCCGGUCACGUGACAAUACAAGGCUCCGCACUGCGUAUCACGAAGACCAGUAAUGCUGAUUCUGGCGUCUACGCAUGCUUAGCACGUAGCCCCGCUGGCGAAGUGACGGUAACAUCACAUCUCAUCCUUAUCGCUGGUAGCAUACCUGUCAUCACCCGCUCAGCUGACGUCAUAGAAGACCAAUCAAAAUUCUCCAACCUGACAGUCACCAUAGGAACCAAGGUAACUCUGCUCGCGUCAUCGUCAAUCAAGAUCACGUGUAAGGCUAUAGGAAUCCCGAAGCCCGUAGUGACGUGGACUAUGCGUGGGAGACCUGUGGUACCCAGUGACCGAGUGAUGGUUGAGAAGAACGCUCUGGUAUUCUUGAAGAUUCUAGCAACGGAUACCGGGAAUGUGGUCUGCACAGCUAACAAUGCUCGCGGAAGUGACGUCGCUAGCAGUUUGAUUACUGUUUUGGAUACUUACGGCCCCAAAAUCAGCACUGUGGAAACAGUUAUUACCCAACUUGAUCACCAAAACCCCGUGACCUCCAAGGUGGGCGCUAGCGUGACAGCUUUAUCUGGCGUGACCGUCACGUUUGUCUGUCAAGCCAUCGGUCUACCUGUGCCCACCAUCACCUGGACGUUCAACGGCAAGCCCCUGACGUCACAUGGCCAAGUAACAGUGACUAACCAAUCAGUGACGAUAAUUAAGGCGCGGAGUGAGGAUAGUGGGGACUAUGUGUGUAAUGCUACGAGUGCUAAUGGGCAGGGCUCCGCUAGGAGUGUUAUCAAGAUCGAGGCUGGAGCCAAGCCUCGCAUCACUUCUAUUGGUAAAGUCGUUUCUCUGUUGUCAUCCAUCACAAAUAUUACGGCAAACAUCGGCGACAACAUAACACUGCUCGCCGGCUCUACUCUCAAACUUCGCUGCCCAUCCGAUGGCCUCCCGAAACCUUUCGUGAAGUGGACGAGAUACGGGGUCCGUGCUAUGUCUAAUGAACGGCAACUUAUUGAUUCGGAUUCUGACACCUUGACCAUGGUAGAGGUACUACCGUACGAUAGCGGGGAGGUGUCUUGCACCGUAACUAAUCUAAGGGGCUCCGACAAGAAAACCAGCUCCAUCACAGUUCUCGAACCCUUCGCACCAUCUAUCGACACGAGCGACGAAACUGUCGUCUCCCUAUCCAACCUGGACCCCGUCACCGUCCGAGCCGGCGCCCUUCUGACCACCUUCCUCACCACCAACAUCACCCUUGUAUGCAAAGCGCGCGGUCUGCCAAAGCCGAGCGUGAGCUGGACCCGAGCUGGGGACAAGCUUUCUCAUUGGCUAGCAAGUAUGGGGCGUGUCUCUACAAGCAAUGGCAACGUGACUAUCACGCAAGCGGAGCCAAAUGACGCCGGGAUGUACCUCUGCACGGCUAGAAACCUGUUGGGCGUGGCAUCCGCCCGAUCGACACUCUAUUUCAAGGAGCCCCGCGGCCCGUUCAUCGUAACACAAAAGAAAUCUUUGACGAUCUUCAACGCUACGAGACCCAUCGACAUGACGAUAGGAACGAACCUUACAACACUAGUCAACACUACUAUCACCAUCAGAUGCCAAGCAAGCGGGGACCCUGCGCCCGAUACUGCAUGGCAGAGGCCUGGAAACAAGCCUUUUCCAAAACACGUGACAAUUGACCGGGAAGAUUUGACCAUCGAUAUGGCACGUGAGAGUGACCAGGGUUUUUAUGUGUGUGUAGCGUCGAGCGAUCUGAGACGAGUAACGGAAACAACUUACAUCACCUUUUUGGCUGGUCUCCCGCCAAAGAUCACCAGGUCGCAAGAAGUCAUCUCGUCUCUGACGCGCUUCACAAAUCUGACAGUUACCAUAGGAAGUACCAUAUCAGUGCUCGCGGGCUCAAGACUGAAGCUGCUGUGCCCUGUCACGGGGAUACCCAGGCCAGCGGUCUCUUGGAGUAUAGACGGAAGUGACGUCACGCCUAACGAAGGCGUUAAGCUUGGGAUGUCCCCAAAUUCUUUAGAGAUUCCGCGGCUAGUGUCACGCGACUCUGGCAGUUUUACAUGCGAAGCGACAAACAGAAUUGGAGCGGACCAGGCCUCGAGCUGGGUUUCAGUCAUGGAACCGUUCGGUCCAAAGAUCAACUCCACUCGUUCAGUCAUUAUACAGCUGGAUAGUCAGGCCCCGAUCACAACAAUGGCGGGUGCUACUCUAACCACCAUAUCAGGCGUCGACCUCACCAUCAACUGCCAGGCCACUGGGCUACCUGUGCCGGAUGUGGCCUGGUUUCUGGAGGGGGAGCGAGUGAUAAGUCAAGGGGGUAUCAGUGUGGAGAAUGGGAAGUUGAGGAUCAGGAACGCAGGGAAUGCGGACGGUGGACGAUAUGUUUGUACUGCUAAUAGUAGUGUUGGAGAGGACUCUGCUACUACUGUAAUAGCUAUUCAAGGUAGCGAGAAGGCUCGCAUCACCUCUGUGGGCGACACUAAAUCCGCACUAGACGACAUCUCCUCCUACACCUUCACUAUCGGCGAUAACAUCACCAUCCUAGCUGGCUCCGCCCUAACAAUCAACUGCCCUACCGAAGGCCUUCCCAGACCUUCGGUCACGUGGUCAGUCACGCGUACCCAGGCCCCAGGGGUUGAAGGGUUGCAGGCCGUUCCCAUAGUUACUUCAAGAUUAACUGUUGCUAAAUUACAGUUGUCUGACUCGGGUGUUUACACAUGUACUGCGCGAAAUCUAAAGGGGAAUGACACGAUGACCUCCGUCGUCACGGUGUUCGCACCUUAUGGACCAAACAUUGAGACGUCCAAUGUACCCGUGGAAGCACUAAAGAACCUGGAGCCGGUUUCAGUAUUAAUCGGCGCGAACUUGACUGCAUUUGAGAAAGCCCCAGUGACGCUGACUUGCAAAGCUACUGGGCUUCCUUUACCCAUGGUGCGAUGGACAAAAGGUGGUCGACAACUGGUGUCUAAGGGUCACGAGAUCGUAGCUGGCGGUAGGCUGUUCCUGGGUAAAGCUACGCUUGGUGAUAGUGGCGAAUACGAAUGUACGGCUACCAGCCCGCUAGGCUAUGUGUCUGCUAAGUCAAAUCUUGAAAUUAAAGCGCCGAUUCCUCCAAGCAUAAAGACUUCAGAUGAGAUAAUCGAGUCUCUGAAGAGAGACCCACUUGGCCUGGUCAUCGGACAGACAGCCCGGACACUUACUCGCAUUAUCUUCAAUAUCACAUGCGAGACUGAGGGUCUUCCCGCGCCCAACAUCACGUGGAAGAAAAACGGUGUCGCGUUGCCGGUCGACGGUCGUAUGUAUGCUCGCGGGCACAUACUCUUUAUUGCAGAGUCGCUGACCAGGGAUUCUGGCGUGUAUAUAUGCGAGGCCACUAAUAUCGCGGGCUCAAAGCAAGCAAAGUCUGAACUUAAGGUCAUCGCCCCCGUCGAGCCCGUGAUCACAGCAACAGUACAGCGGUUGGAGGAGUUGCGCCCAGUCUCUAUCACGACCGAGGUUGGCAGCUACAUCAGGACCCUGGAAACGAGUAACCUCACUCUGGUGUGUACAGUCCGGGGUUUCCCACUCCCUGUCAUAUCAUGGAGGCGAGGUGGCCAGGCUAUCAGUAAUACCCAAAGUGCUUUGCGCUAUCGCAUAGAGAACGCACGUGUCAAGGACACUGGGAUCUACACGUGCGUGGCGAGGAACCUGGUGGGGUACGAUUAUAGCAGCUCCAACAUCUCUAUUGUCGCCGCUAAACCCCCAAUCAUCAGGACCUCGACCCAUCACCUAACAGUUCUCCGACGGGACAAAAUCUCGACCGACCUUGGAAAAAACGUGACAACGUUGUCAGGCAACACCGUCUCGCUCUUGUGUAACGCUACUGGUGUGCCAUCGCCCAAGCUCUCGUGGUACAAAGAUGGCGAGACCUUGAAUGUUUCUCACGCGGUCCUCACCUUGCCAACCCUCAGUCCGAGCGAUAGCGGUCUGUACCGAUGCGAGGCUAGGAACCUGAAGGGCGUCGACGACGCAGACUCAUACCUCACGGUGUUAGUUGGCAGCCCUCCUUCCAUUCGCACAACAUCCGAAAAUAUCACGGAAACGGAGAACAUCGCGUACAUCGUCACCGGUAUCGGCAGUGACGUCAUUACACUCCUCAGCUCCAACGUGGAAGUCACGUGUCCAGUCAGGGGAUUCCCCUUACCAAGCAUCACGUGGUUGAAGGAUGGCCAGCCGUUGAAGCAAAGCAUGACGGUUAAAGUGAAUAAUCUGACGGGAACCCUGUACCUGUUGAGCAUCUUGGAGAGGAGGGCGGGGCUGUACAUGUGCGUCGCUACCAACUCCCUCGGGGCUGCCACGGCAACUACCACCUUGAACGUUUUGCCUCUCAGUUUCCCGCGCGUCAAGAUCUCAAGGGGAGUCGUCACAAGCAUCAAGUCACGUGACCCCGCUGCUAUAGAUAUCGGUCAGGACUUGACCGUUCUCUCUGACACAAACAUCACCAUUACCUGUCCGGCAACCGGGCGUCCUGUGCCCGUGGUGUCCUGGAAACGAGGGAAAAGACUUCUGCAGACCGGUGACCGACUCACUAUAACAGGAAUGAAUCUGACCAUCACCAUGGUAACCAGAGAGGAUGGUGGGCGAUACGAAUGUUUUGUACAAAACGUCAUGGGCGAGUUAAGCGCAGGAUCCAAUCUUAAAGUCCUUGACCCCGUAAAACCUCGAAUCCAUGCAGACACUGAGAUUCUGAAGAUCUUCAGAAACCAGCCAAUCAGAACCAGCAUUGGAAGCAGCGUGACAACCAUCCCUGGUAACGCAUUUGCCUUGACGUGUAACGCAACAGGCCUCCCUGUGCCAGACCUCACUUGGGAACGUGACAACCUGCAGAUACAGAGGGGCGGGGCUGAAUUCAUCAUCCCGUCAAUCAACGUGUCAGAUACAGGCGACUACGCAUGCGUGGCCACCAAUCUUGUUGGCGUAGCUAAGGUUAUGUCACGUGUUCAUUCAUUAGUCGGAGACAUUCCACGGAUCCAGUCUAACCGUCAGAACGUGGUAGCGACUGGAGGCGAGAACGAGGUGGUCGUGGAAAUCGGCGGAAAUCUCACCACAAUAGUCGGUACUGGAGUAGAGAUCACGUGCCCGAUGACUGGCGAGCCUGUUCCCAUGGUAACCUGGUUGAAGGAUGGUGUGAUGGUGGAGAUCACGUCUGUCGUGUACAUGAAUAAGGAGACGAAAGCUCUUGUAAUACUCGGUAUUACGAUGGACGAUGUUGGGCGCUACACAUGCUACGCCAACAACUCGUUUGGAGUCGAUCAGGAAUCCACGCUGAUCAGAGUCAUCGCUGCUCGUUCCCCUAAUAUACGAUUUACGAAAAGACGGCUUGAAGACUAUGACAGCCUAAGCCACGCCCUAACAAUCGGUGACAAUCUAAACACCUUGAUCAGCACCUCGGUCAGCAUCCACUGCAACGCCACAGGCAACCCGGUACCCAGUAUCACGUGGUCCCGGUCCGGUGCCCUGAUAGAACCAAGCAAACGAAUCAAAAUCAUGGGCAGCACCCUGGUUAUUGUGGGAACCCUGUGGUCUGACACCGGAAGCUAUGAAUGCGUUGCAUCUAAUGGCGCUGGGACAGACCGGAAGUCCUCGUUCCUCAAGUUUGUCCCGCCGGAGACUCCCGUGAUCGAGGUCAGCUCAGAGGUCCUCGAAGUCUACGACAGAACACCAGUGAGCAUGCGCAUAGGUGCAAUCCUAAAGACACUGACUCUCACCCCAGUCUCCAUCAACUGCUCGGCCACAGGGAUCCCGACGCCGAGCUACUCGUGGCUUAGACGCGGUCAGUUGAUAACGCCAGGGGAGGGGUUCGAUAUCUCUGCAGACGGCAAGAGUCUCACUGUGCAAGAGGUCACAAUGGAUGACGCCGGGAUGUAUGAGUGCAAUGCCGUCAACAGGGCAGGGACAAACACCGCUAACUCACCUAUAAUUGCGCAAGAACCAAUCCUGCCCCGUAUCACCUUCACCGAUGAGAACGUCACUUGGUAUGACCGCUUGCCCCUGAACGUUGCAAUUGGCGGGAAAAUAACCGCCUUAACGGGCACCAAGAUUGUACUGAGUUGCCAAGCCUCGGGCUUUCCCCAUCCGCGCGUGACCUGGAGACGAGAUGAUAACCCGGAUGAGCUUGACCCUGAUGGCCAGUACGACCUCAGUAACCAGACCCUCGUCAUCUUCUCGGUUCAGCCGAGUGAUACUGGAGUCUACAGGUGUAUCGCUAGUAACAUCGCCGGUGACGUGCAUGGGUCCACGAGCUUGAUUGUCAUUGAUCCUAAGGACCCAGUCAUUGCUGCAAUGGAUGUCAUCAUCAGAACUGAAGACCGCAAGCCUGUCUCUACCACCAUCGGCAGCCGGGUAACUGUACUACAAGGUACCUCGGUAUCGAUCAAAUGUCCGGUACACGGGAUUCCGGCGCCGGCAAUCACGUGGAGUAAUGGGGGUCGCUUCCUACCAGUGUCCAAUGGCAACUCCACUCUUGUGUUGUCCAAUACCCGGGUAUCCGAUACCGGGGAGUACAUGUGUACGGCAAUGAGCCCUAUCGGUGCGGAUGCAGCCUCUACGUUACUUACCGUAUUGGCUCCACAGAAGCCGUCCAUUUCCGGCCCUGUUGUGGGACGCGUCAUACCGCUGACCAAGACAAAGGCAGUCUCUGUUAACAUCCGGGAUAGUGUAACCGCGUUUCUUGGGAGUACCCUCCGCAUUAGGUGCUCCGCAAACGGCUUACCUGCUCCGGAAGUCAAGUGGAGUAAGGAUGGUCAGCGGGUCGUUAAAGACGUUGACGAGAACGGAACGCUCAGCAUUGUUUUGAGGAGAACAACUGAUGCUGGGCGGUAUGUUUGCACAGCGGUCAAUGCCAUCGGCAGUGACGAAGCGGAGACGUUUGUCUACGUCGUGGAGCCCAACUACCCCCGUAUCGUUGCCAAGAAGGGACUGGCCACUGCUCCAGAUGGCAGACGUCCGAUCGCCGGCCAAAUCGGCAUGACCAUUCGCACACUAACAUCCACGUCAAUUACUCUUAAAUGUCCGGUAACCGGGUCACCAAAGCCACUGGUUGAUUGGAGUAAAACUGGGCAGCCGAUCAUAUCUGGUGACCGGGUGUCUGUUACAGUGACAGGAUCACUGGUCAUCGUGAAUAGCCGAAGUUCGGAUAGCGGGGAAUACGUGUGCACCGCACGAAAUCUCUUGGGAGAGGACUCGGCCGUAUCAACAGUCAAUAUUCUCAUCCCGACCAUUCCAGUAAUUCACAAGUCCACAAACUACAUCGUGUGGUACGAAAACCGCCCAUUUAAGACCAAGAUCGGCAACAACCUGACUACCAUGAAAGGACGUAAGCUGACCCUCAUCUGCCACGCCACGGGGAGGCCACGCCCUACGAUCACGUGGUUCCGAGGGGGCGAGGAGAUGCGCACAAAGGGUAAUGUGGUCGUCGAUGGAGACAAGCUGAUCGUCUCUGACUUGUCUCUGUUUGACACGGACCGGUACACCUGUGUCGCCACCAAUGUCGCCGGAGGAGCAGAUGCUACUACGACUCUCAAAGUCCAUGACCCCGUCCGCCCGGGUAUAUUUGCCUCUUACGGCCAUAUCAACGCUCUCCCCGGGUUCUCCCCCGUCAAUGUCACCGCUGGCCAGGACGUCUCUGUGCCCGCAGACACCUCCACAGUCAUCUCCUGUCCCAUCAAGGGUGUGCCUCGGCCCAAGAUCAUCUGGCUACGUGAAAACGAGGUUGUGUACCCUGAUGACGUCAUUGAGUUAGGGUGUAACGGGUCGCUGCGCUUUCACGGAAUACGGACUCGGGACUCGGCGGAGUAUGCAUGUUAUGUGGAGAGUUAUCUUGGGAUGGAUAUGGCCUUUACUUCUGUCAACGUCGUUCCGAGAAGCGUGCCUAUUAUCAGCAAAUCCAACCAGACACUGUUACCCAAAGACAAUCGACCUGUCACGGCAGUCAUUGGCGACAACGUGACAACCUUCGUGGGUAACAGCAUCACCAUCAAGUGUCACGCCACAGGGAUCCCGUACCCCACACUGAGAUGGACUCGUAAUGGCGUAAAGCUCCCGUCCGUGGGAAUGUAUUUGAUUGACAACAGCGGGUCGCUUACAAUCCGGGGAGCUACGGAGGGCGGGGUCUACACGUGUGUGGCGGCUAAUGACCAGGGGCAGGACAGGGCUACUAGCAUACUUGAUGUUAUAGAGCCAAGAAAACCGAAAAUUCUCGCACCAUCACCAUUAACAAUCCCACUUAGCGGGACGCCACGCGUGACAAUAGUCAUCAGCGAUAACGUGACAGUACUAGAAGAUAGCACCAUUCGUAUAGUGUGUAACGCAACCGGCUUACCAGCACCCCGCGUGACUUGGCGUCAAAACGGUAACGCAAUCUCACAAGGAGGGAGGUACCGCGUGACAGCAGAUGGCGUGACGAUGCUUAUUGAUGGCGCUGUCGUGAGUGAUACGGGGAGCUUUACUUGCGAGGCCGAGAAUUUUGCUGGGAAAGACAAGGCCACCUCAGCAGUAAUUGUCAAAAUUCCAGCGAAGCCGUCCAUCGAGCGUACAAACAAACCACGACCCAUUUCCCCGGAAGACGGCUCUCCCAUCACGAUUACAAUAGGCGACAACAUAACCGCCCUAACAAAUACCCAGGUCACAUUCCGCUGCAAUGCCACAGGGACCCCAAUGCCUUCUGUUAUCUGGACUAAAGAUGGACAAGUGCUAGUGUCGGGGCCACGUCACGUGAUCAAUAAGGAUGGGUCUAUUGUCAUACAGAAGGCGUCACCUGUUGAUAGGGGACGGUACACGUGUACAGCUAGGAAUAGCCACGGAGAGGACCGGGUCUCGUCCACUCUUAACACUAUGGACCCAGUGGUCCCUAAAAUCCUCAGUCCAGACGACCCGCGAACAAUUCAUCCAGAUCAUCGCAGCCGGGUACACGGUACCAUUGGGGACAACAUCACCGCCCUUACAGACACCCUGGUCACUUUACACUGUCCAGUCACAGGUGUACCUGCACCGACCAUCACGUGGUCCAGGAACGGCCAGGAAAUGCCCGCAAAUGGUGACGGGUAUUUAGUAACCAAUAAUGGGAGUUUGAUCCUCGAGAAGGUGUCCAGCUCAGAUAUAGGUCGCUAUACGUGCACGGCAAGGAAUGCCUUCGGCAAGGAUAACGCUAACUCUACUGUAAACGUGAUGGACCCGGUAUCACCAGAAAUUGUGCGUUCGGACGAACCCCGUACCAUACCCCCUGGGGACGGGUCUCCCCUAACGGCGACAGUUGGCGACAACAUUACCGCAUUGACCAAUACCCAGGUUACCCUCCGCUGUCAAGCCACAGGGACCCCAAUGCCUUCUGUUAUCUGGAGUAAAGAUGGACAAGUGCUAGUGUCGGGGCCACGUCACGUGAUCAAUAAGAAUGGGUCUAUUGUCAUACAGAAGGCGUCACCUGUUGAUAGGGGACGGUACACGUGUACAGCCAGGAAUAGCCACGGAGAGGACCGGGUCUUGUCCACUCUCAACACUAUGGACCCCACCCCUCCUCGGAUCAAGCAGACAAAUCAAACCAAGACCAUCCCACCCGGGGACGGUAGCCCAGUGAAAGUCAGCGUCGGGGAUAACAUAACUGUUAUCACUGAUACACCUCUCUUGAUCGACUGUGAGGUGUCAGGGAUCCCAUUUCCAUCUGUUGUCUGGGUGAAAGACGGGCGGGUACUUAUGGGCGAGGGGUAUGUUAUAUUCGACAAUGGGACCCUGGUCCUCAGGAGGGCGCGGCCGGCAGAUAGCGGACGGUACACAUGCACAGCCAAUAACAGCCGAGGAAAAGAUCACAUCUCUAGCCAAGUCAAGGUCAUAGAACCAUCCAAGCCAACUAUUGAACGUCCUGUCGCCCCUCGGGAUAUACCACUUGGCGAUGGUUCUCCGACUAUUGCACGAAUCGCCGACAAUGCCACGGUAUUGACCGGCAGCCGACUAACUAUCGAUUGCGUGGCGACCGGCGUUCCGAAGCCUUCGAUAAUAUGGCGAAAGGACGGUCGGGAGUUGAUCGGCGCCGGCUCGUACAUGGCACCCGGUAACGGGUCUCUGCUUAUACAGCAAGUAGCAGCAUCCCACCACGGGGUGUUCACGUGCACAGCGACUAAUCCUGUCGGAGAGGAUUCUGUGUCCUCCAAUAUAAGGGUUGUCGACCCAGUGCUCCCUCGCAUCAGUCGCCCCACAAUAGGCUCCACUAAGUCGACGGACAACAUGAACCCAGUCUCCAUAUCUGUCGGAAGUGACGUCACCGCUAUUGAGGGCGUGACAGUGUCCAUAGAGUGUAACGCAACAGGUGUUCCUCGCCCGGAAGUGUUCUGGAGUAAGGACGGGCUUCGAUUGUAUCCUGGAGAGUACCCGGUCCUGGAGAAUAAAACCCUCAUUAUCACGAACGCUAAGGUGGACGACAGCGGAUACUAUACCUGCACGGCGCAGAGCAGCAUCGGGAAAGACAGCCAGUCCUCUGUGGUAGAGAUACUACCCGCUGAAGUACCAAUAAUUCAGCGCACAACAGACAAGGUGGAAAAGUCGGACAUGAAACCGGUGGACGUCCGGAUAGGCGGCCAGGUCACUUCUCUUAGCGGAGUGGACAUCACUCUGAACUGCUCCGCCCGUGGACUCCCCCCUCCGGAUAUCGAGUGGAUGAACGGUGGCAAGAUGAUUACGGUUCAAGGCCCGAGAUUGGUUCUAAGGAAUGUGAUGUCAUCUGACUCGGGAAACUACACGUGUAUUGCGAGUAACGUUGUGGGGCGAGCCAGCGCUUCGACUAUGGUCAAUGUCACAGACCCUAUCAUGCCGUCUAUAGCCAGAGCCACCUCGGACCACAUCGCUACACAACCUGAAUCCGCCAAUCAGGACAUUGGAAAAAGUAUCGUGCUUCUAACCGGCUCGUCCCUAGUUCUCCAUUGUAACGCUACCGGCCACCCUCAACCGGUAGUGACCUGGAGACGAGGCUCUCAGCCAAUCAGCGGGCUGGCUGAUCAUACACUUAUAGGCACUUCUCUUCGCAUUUUGAAUCUUGAGCCCGCUGACAUGGAGGAGUAUACGUGCACUGCUAGUAAUGUGGGAGGGAAGGCCGCGGCUUCUACUGAGCUCACUGUUAAGGCUUUGAGCAAGCCAAACAUUAAGACCGUCAGGACACGCAUCAAUAACGUCAGGCGUGACGUCACCGUCCCCAUAGGAACGACCUUGACAACAAUCCAGAACUCCACAGUUGUGAUCACGUGUCCGACGGAAGGCUUCCCCAAGCCAAUUAUAUCGUGGUUUAAAGAUGGCGAACCAAUCACGCCAGACUUAAAGUACGAAGCGAACUGCACAAGUCUGAUCAUCCGGGACAUACAGCCGGGCGACGAGGGCAGCUACACAUGCACAGCAGUCAACCCCAUGGGGACAGACGUCAAUAACAUGUCAAUCACUGUCACAAAACCUCCCGUAAUCAUCAACGUCAAAGGCAGCUUUGAAGUCACAGACAUCCGGGAACUUCUGUCCAUAACGACCGGUGCCAUAGUAACCAUUCCCCGCGGCGUGACCAUCACCAUCCGGUGCGAGGUUACUGGGAAGCCGGAGCCUAACAUCACGUGGUACCGGAUACCCGAGGGAUCCCAGCGGUGGCAGCUCAUAACCCCAUUGGACCGCUACAUGCACCUGCGCAGUGACAUGUCUUUGGCUAUUGACCGCACCGCACAGGUAGACGCAGCGCAAUAUGUGUGCGUGGCGACCAACAUCGCGGGACGGGACGAGGGGAUCACUUAUCUUAAUAUCGGAGUGGCACCCGACAUCCCCGGCCAUUGGCAAGGCGCUAACAAGUUCACACGUCCUCGCGUGGACAAGCUAGACUCUCUCGCCACCGUGGUCCGAGGUUCCACCCUCCGCAUCCGCUGCGCCGCUUACGGGUCCCCUAAGCCUAGUGUCACGUGGUACGUGGUGGGAAGCGAGCGUAAGGCCGACCUGACCGUGCUACCGGACGGAACCUUGGAACUAGAGAACGUGGACUUUAUGGACGAAGGCAACUACACGUGCGUCGCGCGUAACGCGUAUGGCGUGACGAGCAGGAGUACUAACGUGACGGUGUUAGUCCCGCCUUCGAUUCUUGAUAACUUCUUUGCGGACGCUAUCCUGGUGCAACACUCCAAGCUCUUGCACAAACGAUACUCCUCGAUCACCCGACUCAGCAUUCGCCGGCAGCAGAUACGGCAAGCCGCCGUGGAGCGAGGGGCCAAUCUGAUCAUCGGGUGCCCGGUCAGCGGUAGACCACUUCCGGCCAUUCAGUGGUUGCGGAACGGCCUGAAAAUCAGUAAUGACAGUCGUCAAGUGAUCGUGGGCGGGGUCAUUAUGAUCCGGGACAUCCAGCUCCAACACGCGGGCGAGUACUUCUGUUACGUAAAGAACACGGCGGGGGAGGACGGCGGGGGCGUUGACCUGAGCGUCAGGGAGCGCAUCGUUGGACAAUGGUACAUUUCUCCUUGGACUGAGUGCGCGGACUGCUACGCAAGUUUCAAAGGUUUCCAGAAUCGCACCAUAGAAUGUACAGAUGAGAAGAAUAACUCGGUACCAGCCGAGCUCUGCAAUAUGUUACGGAGACCCGUCUUGAGAAGGCAAUGCAACUCGCGCAACUGCGAGGCCAUCUGGGUGGCGUCUGCUUGGGAAAAGUGCCCGGCGAAAUGUGGUCAGCAAGGGAUUCGAACACGGAAAGUCCGCUGCGUGUUUUACCGCGGGCUCUUACCUGCCCCUGGCCUGUGUAACUUUUCCGACAUGCCCAAUGCAAUCACGCCAUGCACCGCUGAACCAUGCAUCCAAGAGUCCUGCAAGGACAGGCUGUCUUAUUGCAAUCAAGUGCUGGCACGAGGCAUGUGUGAUGUCUACCGGAAGUGGUGCUGUCAAACGUGCUCCAUAAGCGGGCGGAGACGCCAUUGAUAGACACAACGGACAACCAAAUGAAAUAAUAAGAACAGUUAGAAUCAUAUGCAAAAUAACAACCGCUGACAAGAAACAGCGAGGACUCAAGAAAACGCUAGCUGCAAAAAGCGCCGUAUAUAUGACGUCAUCACCCAAUUAUGCAUAUUAAAUUAGAGUGUCCGAGGACCCAGAUGUGGAAACCUUUUCGCCGCUGAUAUGAUAUACGAACAUACGACUUCAGACUCAGCACAAGUCUCGGUUUAAAGAAUCUUAAAAUGACGCAAUGGGAAUAAAGUUAUCAUUAGGGUCGUAAAUAUUUAGUUAUCCUGUCCACUGACAUGGAAUAACGUGGACUCCACGAUGGAAACAGAGUUACUCAGAAUGCGAUCAAUAAAAUCAUUACAAGUUCAA